AUUAAGGAAGAAGAGAUUAAGAAUUCCGAUGAGUCUCCAACCAAACGACUAAAGAGGAAGAGGAAGAGGACGUUAGCAUCGAAGAGGAUGUUCUCUUCACCGAAGAGAACGGUGAUGAGAGUGUUCUCUUCGAUGAGAACGUUCUCAAUGAAGAAGAAGAGAAGGAGGAAGAGGAGGAGGAAAAGGAUGAUGAUGAUGACGAGGAAGGAUUUCUUCAUAUACAUCUCUUAUAUACGACUUUUUUUUCCAUUUUAACAUUGCCGAGUGCAUCGAGUACAUGAUAUACCUCCUCCACUUACAAAGCGAAGAAUAGUUAUUCCACAUCCUCGAAGAGGCGGUGGAGGAAGUGGAAGAAUAAAAGGAGGAAGAGGAAGAAGAGAAGAAGGAAGAAGAGGAGAAGGAGGAGAGCUAUGUAGUUUACAUCUACUUUGUCAGGGGUCAGUAGUGCGCGGCAACAUUUUGCGGUUACAGGUUUUGAGCUGUUGUGUCCUCUCUCAGAUUUCUAUGUUUCCUCAUGCAUCUUGUAUUCUUAGUAUUCUUACAUUAUGAUAGAUGGUAUUCUGCAAUCUGCAACAAUUCGCCGGCGGUAUCGAUAAAUCGUUUCGCUUGUGAAGUAGGUAAUCUAGCCGCAUUAUGAAGCUAGUAAGAUUUUUGAUGAAACUCAGUCACGAGACUGUGACGAUAGAAUUAAAAAAUGGCACUCAAGUUACCGGCACAAUUACAGGUGUUGAUGUUGCCAUGAACACACAUCUAAAAACAGUAAAAAUGACAAUAAAGAAUCGUGAACCAAUACAAUUGGAAACCCUUAGUUUACGAGGAAACAAUAUAAGAUAUUACAUUUUGCCUGAUUCAUUGCCAUUAGAAACAUUACUAAUUGAUGAUACACCGAAGGCUAAAGCCAAGAAGAAGGAAGCUGCGAGAGGUGCUGCCCGUGGUAGAGGACGCGGCGCCAGGGGCGGUAGAGGUGGUAGGGGUGGACGAGGUAGAGGGAGAGGCAGGCGAUAGUGACAUUCAACAUAUUCUUCACAUGUAUUUUCAACAUACACAUUUUUCUAUCUUUGUGAAAAGAAUCAUUAUUCUGCUAAUUUUAUAAAAAUGAAUCUAUGCGAAGCUGUUUUCUUGAUAUAGCCCUAUAAUAAAUUUCAAGAUAACGUGGACAUUCAUUUUUAACAGAUUUAAAUGUAGAGCAUACAAGCAUUCCGAUAUUUUAAUCUU